CGUUCGCAAUGACCAUCCAAGCCAUGAACGUCAUGAGUUAUUGUAUGCUGGACUGCAAUCCCAAGGCUUAGGGCUGGUACAUGAGUUACUCCCAGAUUCAAGCUGGUGCUACAAGGUCCAGUUUCUCAGUUGAAUCCAUCUCGCCUUGCUGCCUAAGAACCAUUUUGUUGACUUCGGAAAUGAUCAUGAACUCCAUGCAGGAUAUCGACAGUGCUGUUCUGGCCCAGAUAUGCGAGGACUGCCACAUAUCGCGCGACGAUGUCGAAGAUGUAUACGCCUGUACACCUUUUCAAGUUGGUCUUUUGGCCGACGGGGCUGAUUACACCCACAGUCUCAGCCACUCGCUUGCCAGUUCCCUUGAUUUGGACCACCUUUGUGACUCUCUUCAUGAGAUGGUAUCUCGCACGGAGACAGUGCGGACACGAAUUGUCGACUCCCCUUUGGGUUUGGUCCAGGUCGUUGUCAAGGCAGCCGCAAUGACAGACUGCGUGACUCGGUCGUUACACACAGAUCCAGAGCAAUACCUGGAAGAUGAUCGGAAUAUACCCAUGCACCUUGGGACGCCGCUGGCCAGGUUUGCAAUUGUCGGCAGAAAGCUUGUGACGAUCAUUCACCAUGCCAUUGCAGACUCUUACACGCAUCGUUUCUUUUUCGAGGACUUGUGCAAAAUCUACCAAGGCGUCUCUCCAUCUCGGCGGGCCCCUUUCAAAGAAUUUGCCAAUUACUGCCAGAGCAUUGACAAGAAGAGUGCAGCAUUAUUCUGGAAAGCCCAACUCGACCAAUGCUCUGCAACCAUAUUCCCCAGCAUCCCUCGGGGCCACGUACCGAAGGCCUCUCAAAACAUGAUUCACUGUAUUUCUUUACCAAAGGGACCCCCAUUGCCGUUGAUACCUGCGUAUAUCGAGGCCGGGCUUGCCAUGACGGUUAUGGAUUACACAGGGAACGACAGUGCCGUCUUCGGCUAUGCCUUGUCCGGCCGUAGCGCCGCUCUUGCUGGAGCAGAGACGACAUUGGGACCUACUGUGGCCACGGUACCCAUGCAAGUGGGUGUAAAGACCGGCACCACUGUAGGGGACCUUCUAAAAUCGAGAAAUGAGUUCCGGCGCUCGCUAUUAACAAGCCCUUUUAUACAAUGUGGCCUCGCAGGGAUCAGGCAGAGCCUAGGGAAGGAUGGACGCUUUGCCUGCGAUUUCCGAACAAUUCUUGACAUCCUUCCUCAUGACGAGACAGAGGUCCAGAUCCCGGGACUGAUCAUCGAUGCUGUGGAACAGACAUAUGAAUACGCGCUCUGCCUCCUAUGCCAGCUGUCGAAGGAUAGCAUCUCCAUACAAGCCAUGUUCGAUCCAGUCGUGCUUCCAGCAGUUCAGGUCCAACGCAUCCUACGGCAAAUGGAGCAUCGUGUCAAGUCUCUGUGCAAUGCACCCCCGUCGACUAGAAUCGCCAAAUUGCCUUCUCUCAAUUUCGGCGAUACGCUGGAGCUGUUAAAAUGGAACAGGGAGGUUCCAAACACGGCUGGCACAUGUCUUCACGACCUCUUCGUGGUGCAAAGCGGCCAGAGGCCUGACAGCGCUGCCGUUGAUGCUUGGGAUGGUACGGCAACCUAUCAUGAAUUGGACAAUAUGUCAGACAAUGUGGCCCAGCAGCUGCUCGAACACGGUAUUUCUGUGGAAGAGCCUAUUCCAUUCGCCUUGGGGAGGUCACUUUCCGCGGUGGUUACGGUUCUGGGUAUUUUGAAGGCCGGGGCAGUCUGCGUCCCCGUCGACGUUUCGCUCCCCAAGGUGCGCAAAGAUGUGAUUGUGCGUACUGUCGGGGCUCGGCUUGUUCUCACAUCCCCGGGGGGGGAGAGAUUUGCUGGUUGCGAUUCCCUCACCAUUGCGCUCUGUCGGCAGCCACGACACGCACCGGGCCUACACAAAGUCCCAGGCAGCAAUCCUAGCCAGGCAGCAUACAUUCUGUUCACGAGUGGCAGCACUGGGCAGCCAAAGGGCGUUGUCCUGGAACACGACUCAAUGGCAACGUCAUACCUCGCGAUUUGCAAGCGGCUGGGCUGGGUCUCGGGGACACGAGUCUUGCAAUUUUCGUCACCGGCCUGGGAUGCAUUCGCCUUCGAAAUCGUCGCUACACUCAUAGUAGGGGGCUGCGUCUGCAUACCCUCCGCUGCAUCGCGCGAGUCGGCACUCGGAGAGUAUAUCAACGAUGCUGGGGUUAACGCUGCUCUCCAGACACCAACUGCUUUGCGAAAUCUUGCACCCGAUGACGUGUGCCCGAGCCUAACCUCGCUUGUAUUGGCCGGUGAACCAAUCCCGCAGACUGCCGCGAGUACCUGGGGCAGCGAGGUCCGCCUAUUCAAUGCUUGGGGCCCUUGUGAGACAUCCACCAUCUCUACCCUCGCGGAGCUGGACCCUGCAUCCGCCUAUCCAACCACGAUUGGAACCCCAGUCGGUAGUGCUGUAUGGAUAGUCGACCGCGCCGACUCCGACAAGCUUGUGCCAAUAGGCGCCGUGGGUGAGAUGCUAGUUGAAGGGCCAGGGGUGGGACGAGGAUAUUACAAAAACCCCACGCAGACUGCUUCUCGCUUUAUAUCCGCACCGCAGUUUGUGCCAAAACGCCAGGGGGGUCCUAAUAGGGCCUAUCUAACGGGCGAUCUAGCCAGGUUUAAUGCGGAUGGGAGCAUCGCGUUCCUCGGCCGACAAGACAACCAGGUUAAGAUACGCGGACAGCGCUUCGAGCUGGAGGAAAUCGAGCAAGUGCUGAGGCGGCAUCAAUGUGUACGCGACAUUGCGAUGCAGGUUGUCAAGUCUCCUGUGCAGAACCGCGAGGAUCUCAUUGCUUGCGUGGCUUUGACUUGGGACUCUAGCGAUCAAUCAUAUCCUAGACAUAGGGAUGAUCCGGAGGUAGUCCAGGUGGGCCUGAAUGAGUCGAGCCGCCUGCAACUCCGGAAUGUGCAAGACUUUACCGUAAGCUGCCUGCCCCCAUACAUGGUUCCAACGGCCUGGGUCGUCGUUAACCACCUACCCAAGUCUGCAUCCACAAAGCUUGACCGCGCCAGGAUCAGGCGCUGGCUGGAGGAGCUGGACCUAUCACUGGCUAGGAGUCUUGCGAGGGAGGCUGAGGGCGACACAUACAGCCACGCUUUGACACCACCUGUGACCCCAGCUGAGAGCGUGAUGCAAGCUGCAUGGUGCUCGGUUCUAGGCCUAAAAGACAACUCCGUUGGACGUGAAACCUCCUUCUUGAGACUCGGCGGUGAUUCCAUAACAGCAAUGCAAGUGGCGACUCGCUGUCAGAAAAAGGGCUUCCCUAUCAGAGCUGGUGCGCUUUUACGUGAACGGACACUUGCAGAUGUUGCUCGAGAAAUGGAGGGAUUGGGAGACAUAUGCGUCGCACCCUUACGGCGGACGUCCGACGAUUUACAGCUCCAGGCCUCGGAUGCAGACGGCAGCAUAUCACCCAGCGACGCUUAUCCCGAGAUUAUCACAUUCCUUAGCAAGUUGUCUAAUAGCCAGCCGUGGCUCAAACCUGAUAAUAUCGAUAGUAUAGCUCCUGCGACGGAUACCCAAGCGCUGACACUCGGUUCUAGUGAGAGGCGCGGCCAUGGAUCAUAUAACAAGCUCAUACUAUCGCCGGUUCCAGGAAAUUCUCUAGACCAGUCGAAGCUCCUGCAUGCAUGCCGAGCGAUCAUCGAACACCACGCUAUUCUGCGAACCGUCUUCAUUCGCCACGAAGAUCGGGUAUUUCAGAUCGCCCUCCGAGAUCCCCCAAUCGACCAAGUGGUUGCGCAGCAGGGACAGCCAGCACACGGAGCACCCCCAAUACCAGGCGGGCCCAGCAUCCUGAAGACACUUCCGAGAUUCUAUUUCACCAGCGAUGGGCGCUCUGCAAGCCAGAAGCUUGAAUUGGAAAUCCAUCACGCGCUGUACGACGCCAUUUCGAUGGGCCAUCUGUUAAAUGACUUGAGCACAGCCUACAGCAGCCGCACCCUUGGAACGAGGCCCACGCAUUUCCACGAGUGGAUCUCGCAUGUGAGCGGCGAGAACGCUGCGAAGGCACAUGAAUUCUGGAGGGAGCUUCUGCAAAGGUGCUCGUCGCGGUCACUGGUGCGCCGCAUAGAUCCUUCUGCACCCACACAUCCAGUCGAUUCGAAAAUCAGUUUCACGAGUAAUACCAAGGACAUUACAACCUCUUCUUGCACGGACGCAACCAUCUUCAAAGCUGCCUGGGCCCUUGCUCGUUCACAAGUACUCGCGGAGGACGACAUUGUUUUCGGGUACGUCAACGCAAAUCGCGACUCUGCUGUCCGGGAUGCCGACCAGGUCGUUGGCCCAUGCAUCAGUAUGCUACCGGUCCGCGCACGUAUCGACGGCAACAUGACUACAGCGUCGUUUGUCGGGGAGCUGCAGAAACAGUCUACAGACUCGAUCCCCUAUCAGCAUGUCGGGCUACUUUCGGUGCUCGAAGACCCAACGCAAUGGCCGGUGUGCAAGUUCGGUUCAAUCGUCACGUUCCAAAAUCACAAAUCGGUCGGAGACACUCUCAAGCUGGGUGGUGUUGACUGCACUCUAUCACUAGAAGGCCGGAUUGGUGACGCCGCAGACAUAGCCCUUGUAGCUACACCACAGCCAGAUGGUGGACUGGGUAUCGUAAUGCAUUUUUCAUCGGCAGUUGUGCCGAAUGAGAAGGCACUCCGGAUGGCUGCUUGUCUUGAUGCCGUCUUAGCUGCGUUUCCUACUUACUGGAGAAGGACAAUUGGCGAAAUGAGGCACCAUAUUUCUGCUGCAUGCAAUGAUUCCCUCUACAAGGGAGCCGGCAACCCAGACAGCGGCUUAGAGCGGGCACCAAGGCGAUUAUGCAUCGAAAAGGCAGUAUGAUGCUUGGCCUUAAUAUACACCUCCGGCCCCUGACCUCACUAUCCUUUCGAAUUGAAGCUAUGGAUAAUAAAAUCAUCUUUUAUAUUCUAAUUGAAAUUAGUUAUUUCUUUUUAUGGGGUAGUUGAUUCUAAUAUAUUCUUUAGUACUCCGC